UCUUUGCUCACUGCUUUAGCAAACGUGGCCUUAUCCAGACUCCGGUAGCAGCGAGGAAGAUAAAUGAGUUUCCUUCUCCACUUCUCUGUCACUUUCUGCCGCAGCUCCAGCAUCACCAGCGGUUCUUUGUAAACCCCACCUGAAGAGCCAUGUCCGAGGCGGAACAAGUGGCGGCCCCGGAGGCCCCUGCCUCCGUUAUCCUCGACGCUCUCAACGCCACGGAUCCCAGCGUCAACGAAACGCUGAACGCCACUGCCAAAUUCGUGGCCACCCCGGAGGGCACAGCGCUGGCAUAUGGAAGCCUGGUCAUCAUGGCCCUGCUGCCCAUCUUCUUCGGAGCCCUGCGCUCAGUCUCCUGCUCCAAGUCCAAGGAGCUUGGAGAAAAUGGUUACGAAUCUGGGUUCAGAAAUGCUUCAGACAUGCCGGAGACGAUCACCAGUCGGGAUGCCGCCAGGUUUCCCAUCAUAGCCAGCUGUACGCUAUUUGGACUCUAUCUAUUCUUCAAGGUCUUUUCCCAAGAAUACAUAAACCUGCUGCUGUCUGUUUAUUUCUUCGUGCUCGGCGUCCUGGCGCUGUCUCACACCAUGAGCCCCCUGAUGUCGAGAAUAUUUCCGACGUCUUUACCAAACAAACAGUACCAGCUGCUCUUCACUCAGGGCAUCGGGGAGACCAAAGAAGACAUACUCAACUAUGAAUUCGACACAAAGAACCUUGUCUGUCUGGUCAUCAGUAGUGUGGUGGGAGUCUGGUACCUGCUCAAGAAGCACUGGAUAGCCAACAACCUGUUUGGCUUAGCAUUUGCUCUGAAUGGCGUCGAGCUUCUCCACCUGAACAAUGUCAGUACCGGCUGCAUCCUGCUGGGCGGCCUGUUCGUCUACGACGUCUUCUGGGUGUUCGGUACUAACGUCAUGGUGACCGUUGCCAAGUCAUUUGAAGCACCAAUCAAAUUGGUCUUCCCCCAGGACUUGCUGGAAAGAGGCCUCGAUGCCAGUAAUUUUGCCAUGCUGGGCCUCGGUGACAUCGUGAUCCCAGGAAUAUUCAUCGCCCUGCUGCUGCGUUUUGAUGUCAGCCUAAAGAAGAAUAGCAGGACGUAUUUCUACUCUAGUUUCUUGGCCUACAUCUUUGGAUUGGGCCUCACCAUCUUCGUCAUGCACACCUUCAAACACGCACAACCCGCUCUGCUCUACCUGGUGCCCGCCUGCAUUGGCUUCCCUGUCAUCGUAGCACUGUUCAAAGGAGAACUCACAGAGAUGUUCAGGUAUGAAGAGUCUUCUCCAGAGGAGUUGGCAGCCAAAGAGGAGUCCUCAGAAGCAGAGAAAAAGGAUCAGUAGUGUUCAUUGCUGCUCCCCCGCCUUCCCUCAAAUACCUUCAUCCAGCCUGCUGCCACCACAUUUCACAGGAGCUGCAUCCCGCCCGAGUCCUCCGCUCACCUGAGGGGAGUGAAAGCCAUGUCGCCGACGUGUAUGCUAUAUGUAGCCAUAACAAUGAUGGCUGGUCUCCGUGUAAACAACAGCAGCAGUGGUGUGAUCAUGUAAAGGUCUUUUUUUUUUUUUUUUUUUUGUUACAAACUGUGCCUAUCUAGCUUCCCCCUGUCGUCUUAAAGCUGUAGUCACACAAGAGAGCACAAUAUUUUUGGUAAAAACCUGCAUGUGUGCCGGGAAAAGAAUGUGUUGCAGCUUGGAUGGCACAGGAGUUUUGUUCAUUUCCAGUUGAAUCUAGCACUCUGUUUAAGCCUUGAACAGACCAAACUUGACAAACAUUUUCGCUUUUUCUUCCGUUCAAAUCGAAGAACAGCUGAUGGGGAACUGAGGUCGCUGUGACUCUUCCCCAUGGGUUCUUCUCCUCCAACUCAUGUCAGCUUUUUUGUGCGUCUUUGUGGAAGGCUAGUGUUUUUAGAACGCAAACUAGAGUAAAAAUAUUCUUUAUUUGUGCGUCAUUUCCUUUGGAAUGCUGAAUGUACUCGUCAUGAUUAUCACCCCCCCGAACAGGAAAUAAAACGGCAACGUCG